AUGUCCAUCGAUGAGGAAAAUCCCAAAGCUGUUGAGCCCCGCAAGGGCUCAGAAACCCUUUCCUCUUCCACCCAAAACCCAGCAACCUGCUGCAAAGCCUUGCUACGCCGAGCUUCAAUCUAUGGAGUUGCCUUGGGAUAUUGCAUCUCUGCGUCACUCCUUUCCAUCAUCAACAAAUGGGCAGUUAUGAGAUUCCCAUAUCCAGGAGCACUUACUGCUCUACGGUACUUCACAAGCGUCGUCGGAGUCCUCAUCGGCGGGUGGCUCAAGCUUAUAGAUCAUGGCGGUCUGCACGGCCACACGUUGUGGUGGUUCUUCCUGGCUGCAGUCUUGUUCUACAUCUCCAUCUUCACCAACAGUGAGCUCCUCCUCCACUCCAACGUUGACACGUUCAUCGUGGUAAGGUCAGCUGUCCCCAUCUUUGUUGCUGUGGGAGAGACCCUCUUCUUGCACCAGCCAUGGUCGUCGGUAAAGACUUGGCUCUCCCUCGCCACCAUCUUCGGUGGAAGUGUGCUUUAUGUGCUAACAGAUAAUCAGUUCAGUGUCAUGGCGUAUAGCUGGGGAGUGGCCUACUUGGUGAGCAUGUCCAUAGACUUCAUUUACAUAAAGCAUGUGGUUAUGAACAUAGGUUUAAAGACUUGGGGCCUUGUCCUCUACAAUAAUCUCAAGGCUCUCGUGUUGUUUCCAUUGGAGUUGCUGGUAAUGGGAGAGUUGGAGAAGCCUCGGCUGAGGCCGUGGACGAGGGUGAUGCCCAGGCGGAGGUUGGAGAGGUGGGCUGUGAUGGAGUUUGGAGCUCUUGGGCUUGCUCUUGGUGAUGGGUUUGGGCUUGAGUUAGAGCCCAACCCAAGCUUGAUGAUGGGGGUUGCAUUUCCUAGCUUGGAGGACUUGGAUAUCUCCAACCUAGAUAAUGUGGAAAAGAUAUGGCACAAUCAUGAGUUUAUUGCAGAUUCCUUAGGAAAUCUAAAAAGAUUGUCUGUACAGUCCUGUCAAAAACUGCGGAACAUUAUUCCUUCCAAUAUGCUGAAGAGGCUACAGAGUCUACAAAUUCUGAAGAUAGUGGACUCUAAUUCAGUGGAAGACGUUUUUGAUCUGGAAGCCAUAGAUAGUUUUGUGGUGAGAAGCCUUCUGCAAGUUAAAGAAGUAGAUAUGAACUCUGGUGGAGUGGAGGAAAUUGUUGCACAUGAAGAUGUAGCCAAAGUUGCGUUCCCUAUAUUGCGGUACUUGAAUCUCUCUCUCAAGUUGAACUUAAGCAAUUUAAGAGAGCUUACUGUGAAAAAAUGUGACCUACUUGAAGAAGUAUUUGAUCUUAAUGGACUUGAUGAUGCUGACAAUGAACAUGUUGAGAUACUCUCAAAGUUAGAAGAACUGAGCUUAAUCGAUCUACCUAUGUGGAGAUAUAUAUGCAACAACAGCCCUCGACAAUUUUCGUGCUUCAAGAACUUGGAAUCGGUGCGGGUGAAGCAGUGUGACAGCUUGAUGUAUCUUUUUUCAGCUUCCAUGGCAUUGGGUGUUGUCAAACUCAAACACUUGCACAUAGAAAAUUGCUCUAUGAUAGAAGAAAUUGUCAUUGCAGAAAACGGAGCUACAGACAAGAUCACUUUUCGUCAGAUAACCCAAAUUUCACUUCUAUCUUUGCCCAACCUCACAAGUUUCUAUCUAAGAACACAGAAUCUGGGGGUGCUCUUCAAUGAAGAGGUUGCAUUCCCUAAAUUGGAGUUCUUGUAUGCCACCGGCCUGGAUAACGUGAAAAAAAUAUGGCAAAACCAACUGUUUGCAAAUAAUUCCUUCAGCAAACUGAAGGAAAUGAAGGUAGAAAAUUGCAAUGAACUGCAGAAUAUUUUGACAUCCAAGAAUUGGUUGCCAAGUCUAGAGUCUCUUACAAUAGACAGCUGUGAUGAAUUAAAAGUGGUUUUUGAUUUGGAAGUGAUAAAUAUUCCGGAAGAUGUAACAGACAGUCAGCCGAGUCAAUUAGGUUUAGAUGAUUUACAGAACAUAGAGCAUAUGUGCAACUGUGGCAGCUUUAAAAUGCUUUUCUCGCUUUACACAGAACCUGAAGGAAUAAAAGAAAUCAUCAGGCAGGGAGAAGGAGCUGAAGAGAUUAUUGAUAAGAUCGAGUUUCCUGAAUUAAGGUCUCUUUCACUUGAAUCUUUGCCCAGCCUAGCAAGUUUCUAUCCAGGAAGCCAUACUCUCAGAAGGCUUGGUCUGGGAGACCAUGAUAUCCUUACUCCAGUGCUCUUCAGCGAAAAGGUAUCAUUUCCUAACUUGAAGAUCUUGAAACUCUCUGGACUUUCCAAGUUGAUGGGGAUAUGGGAUCACCAACUUCCGCGCAGCUCUUUUUGCAAACUACACAUCCUGGAAGUGAAGUGUCCAUUCCUACUGAAUGUUGUUCCAAACAACUUGAUUGAAAGUUUACAGAAUUUAGAAAAACUAAAUGUGGAAAAAUGUGAUAAACUAAAAGAAGUGUUUGAUCUUGAAGGACUUGAUCACGCUGAUUAUGAAAAUGCUAGGAUGCUCUCAAAGUUAGAAAAGCUGAAGUUAAUCGAUCUUCCUCAGUUGGGGCAUAUAUGCAAUAAGGACCUUCGGCAAAUUCCGUUUUUCCAAAACUUGAGAAUCCUACAGCUGAAGCAUUGUGACAGCCUGAUGUAUCUUUUUUCAGCUUCCAUGGCGUUGGGUCUUGUGCAACUCAAAGACGUAUACGUGGAACAUUGUUCUAUGAUAAAAGAGAUCAUCAUGAUGGAAGACGGGGUUGCAGAAAAUAUUAUAUUUCCUCAAACAACACAGCUUUCACUUCUAUCGUUGCCCAACCUAACAAGUUUUUAUAUGGGAACUCGUACUCAUGAAAAGGUUCAUAUGGGAGACUGCGAUAUCCUUGAUUAUGUGCUAUUUCAUGAAAAGGUAUCAUUUCCUAACUUGGAGAUCUUGAAACUCUAUGGACUUUCCAAGUUGACGGGGAUAUGGGAUCACCAACUUCCGCUGAGCUCUUUUUGCAAUCUACACAUCCUGGAAGUGGAGUGUCCAUUCCUACUGAAUGUUGUUCCAAACAAUUUGAUUGCAAGUUUACAGAAUUUAGAAAAACUAAAUGUGGAAAAAUGUGAUCAACUAAAAGAAGUGUUUGAUCUUGAAGGACUUGAUCAUGCUGAUUAUGAAAAUGCUAGGAUGCUCUCAAAGUUAGAAGAACUGAAGUUAAUUGAUCUUCCUCAGUUGGGGCAUAUAUGCAAUAAGGACCUUCGGCAAAUUUCAUUCUUCCAAAACUUGAGAGUCCUACAGCUGAAGCAUUGUGACAGCCUGAUGUAUCUUUUUUCAGCUUCCAUGGCGUUGGGUCUUGUGCAACUUAACAACUUAUGGGUGGAGCAUUGUUCUCAGAUAGAAGAAAUCAUCAAGGUGGAAUAUGGGGUUGCAGACAUGACUAUAUUUCCUCAAACAACCCAGCUUUCACUUCUAUCUUUACCCAACCUAACAAGUUUCUAUCUAAGAACUUGGACUCCUGGGGUGCUCUUCAAUGAAGAGGUUGCAUUCCCUAACUUGGAAUUCUUGUAUGUCUCUGGCCUGGACAAUGUGAAAAAAAUAUGGCACAACACUAUGCUUGCAAACUCCUUUAGCAAACUAAAGGAUACAAGGGUAGAAAAUUGUAAAAAACUGCUGAAUAUUUCGUCAUCCAAUGUGAUGAAUCGACUGCCAAGUCUAGAGUUUCUUAGAAUAGCCAGGUGUGGUAAGUUAACAGAGGUUUUUGAUCUGGAAGUGAUGAAUGUUCAGGAAGAUGUAGGAGACAAUCAGUUGGGUCGAUUGGUUUUAGAUGAUUUGCAGAACCUGGAGCAUAUAUGCAACAAGGUUCUUGGAAAAAUAUUAUGCCUACAGAACCUGAAAUUUUUUGAGGUGCAUAACUGUGGCUGCCUGAAAAAGCUUUUCUCGCCUUACACGGAACUUGAAGAAGGAGCUGAAGAGGUUAUUGAUAAGAUUGAGUUUCCUGAAUUAACCUCUCUUUCACUCAAAUCCUUGCCCAGCCUGGCAAGUUUCUAUCCAGGAAGCCAUCCUCUCAGAAUGGUUGUUCCGGGAGACCAUGAUAUCCUUAUUACAGUGCUCUUCCAUGAAAAGUGGGAAGAACCUAAAAUGUGA